ACCCCCUAUAGAUUUUCUCCACUCUCUUUCUCUCUCUAGAAUACACUACGAUUUAUUCUCUCUUUCUUCGGUUCCAAUUUCUUCCACCUGUUUUCUUUUCUCCCUUGGCAUUGCAAACAACGGCGCUCACAACUCACUUUACGAGUUCCGAAAUAGUCAAGUCUUUCUCUAGACCUUCGUAUCUUCGGUCUGAGAAACUUUUCUUUUGAAAUCUGAACAUGGAGAUAUACAAGACAGGAAAAGAGAGCAGCAGACAUGGCUAAAAUUUUUUUGGUAGGAUCUUGAUGAAUUAUUUGCUGUGAAGACUGCGGAGAGAUGCAAAUGCACUUGUAGGAGCUUGCGCGUGGAAUUUGUAGUUUCAUGUGGUGGAGUGUGAUAGAUAGCUCGGAUAUUUAUGCUAUGAAGUGGCUUUUGGUUGGGGGAACAACGAGAGUUGGGGGUUAAGAUUUUGAAUUUUCUUGGCUUAUUUAUUUUGCAAGAUAGUUUGUUUGGGGUUCCUCUUUUAUGGAUUUAUUACUGGGUUUUGGCUUUCUCCCGCAGUGGUUUAGAUUUUUGCAUUGGUCGAUGAUAUCAAUGCAGUUCUGGGUACGCAGAUGAUUGGACCGGAUUUUCCUGCAUGAAAUGCAGUGAUACGAUCUGAAGAUUAGUGUAUCUGCAUUUUGCCAGGAAAUGAAUUCCAGCAGCCCCCUUGUGAGUUUGUGAUGCGAGUGGUCAAUUUUACAUCUCUAUGUAGAGCUGCAUCGGGAAGCUAAAUAAGAUAAAUUGUCAACCAAAACAAAUGGAUUGAAGAUUAAUGCAUUGGAUGCAAUGUUAAAGGCAUUGGCAUCAGGGUUGUUGUUUUUAUCACUCUUUCUUUCGGUUUCAGCUGCUGAUAAUGGGUUUCGCUGUAAUUGUGAUGAGGAGGGGUUUUGGAGCAUUGAGAGUAUACUAGAGUGCCAAAAAGUUAGUGACUUCUUGAUUGCUGUGGCGUACUUCUCCAUCCCCAUUGAGCUACUUUACUUUGUUAGCUGUUCCAAUGUUCCAUUUAAAUGGGUGCUUUUCGAGUUCAUUGCGUUCAUUGUCCUCUGUGGAAUGACUCAUUUGCUAAAUGGCUGGACUUAUGGACCUCACCCUUUUCAGCUCAUGCUUGCUCUCACCAUUUUCAAAUUCCUCACGGCACUAGUUUCUUUUGCUACGGCCAUAACACUUAUUACCCUCAUCCCAUUGUUGCUUAAAGUCAAGGUGAGAGAAUUUUUGCUGAAGAAAAAGACUUGGGAUCUUGAUCGGGAGGUUGGAAUGAUAAAGAAGCAGAAAGAGGCUGGCUUGCAUGUUCGGAUGCUAACACAAGAGAUCCGCAAAUCCCUUGAUCGGCAUACUAUUUUGUACACAACUCUGGUUGAGCUAUCAAAGACAUUGGAUUUGAAAAAUUGUGCAGUUUGGAUGCCAAAUGCUAGUAGAACAGAAGUGAACUUAACUCAUGAAUUGAAAGAAAGGAACUUCCCAAACACUUACAAUUCAAGCAUUCCAACUAGUGACCCUGAUGUGAGAGAUAUUAAGGGAAAUGAUGGAGUGAAGAUACUUGAUUCCGAGUCAGCCCUUGCUGUUGCAAGCAGUGGGGGAAUUGGCGAGCCAGGAUCUGUAGCUGCAAUUAGGAUGCCGAUGUUGAAGGUUUCUAAUUUCAAAGGAGGUACCCCUGAGAUGGUUCCAGCAUGCUAUGCUAUUCUUGUUUUGGUUCUUCCAGACGGACAGGGUAGAACUUGGAGCGAUGACGAACUUGAGAUAGUAGAGGUGGUUGCUGACCAAGUUGCUGUGGCACUUUCCCAUGCUUCUGUGCUUGAAGAAUCUCAACUUAUGAGAGAGAAACUUGUGGAACAAAAUCGAGCACUGCAACAAGCAAAACAGGAUGCACUAAUGGCGAGUGAAGCCCGGAAUGCAUUUCAAAUGGUAAUGAGUAAUGGUUUAAGAAGGCCCAUGCACUCUAUUCUCGGUUUACUAUCUCUCUUGCAGGAUGAAAAGUUAAGUAAUGAACAGCGGCUUGUUGUUGACACUAUGGUCAAGACUAGUAAUGUUCUUUCAACUUUAGUAACUGAUGUAAUGGAUACUUCGGCAAAGGAUAAUGGAAGGUUCCCUUUGGAGAUGAGUUCUUUUCAAUUGCAUUCUUUGAUAAAAGAAGCCGCUUGCCUCUCCAAGUGCCUCUGUGCUUAUAGGGGUUAUGAUUUUGUAAUUGAAGCUGAUAAGUCCUUGCCGAAUCACGUAAUGGGUGAUGAAAGAAGAGUAUUUCAGGUUAUUUUACAUAUGGUUGGUAAUUUGCUAAAUGGAAGCAAAGGGGGAGGGUUUCUAAUGUUACGAGUAUAUUCAGCCACCGGAAGUCAGAAUGAGCAAAGAUGGGGCAACUGGAGAUCCAACUCGUCUGACGGGUAUGCUUAUAUUAGGGUUGAAGUUGGCAUUUGCCAUACUGGUUCUCAGACGGAGGACAUAUUUCCCGUAUUCCCAUAUGGUGGGCAGAGAUGCUAUGCUGGAGCUGAGGAAUGCAGAAGCUUUAGUGCAUGCAAAAAACUAGUUCAGUUAAUGCAAGGAGACAUCUGGGAGAUACCAAAUCCAGAGGGUUUUGAUCAAAGCAUGGCUCUCGUUUUGCGGUUUCAAGUCCGGCCAUCCAUUGUAUCGGGCAUAUCUGAACAUGGGGAAUCUUCAGAUCAUGUGCAUUCAUACUCACUUUUCAGAGGCCUGAAAGUUCUCUUAGUUGAUGCUGAUGAUGUGAAUAGAGCUGUAACACGGAAGCUGCUCGAGAAGCUGGGAUGCAUUGUGUAUGUCGUCUCAUCCGGCUACGAAUGCCUUAGUGCUCUUGGCCCUUCUGUCUCUUCAUGUCAAAUUGUGCUUCUGGAUCUUCAGUUGCCUGAUCUAGAUGGCUUUGAAGUUACCAUGAGAAUUCGCAAGUUUCGAAGCCGUAACUGGCCGUUGAUCAUUGCCUUGACCGCAAGCGAUGAUGGAGAUACGAGGGACAAAUGUAUGCAAAUCGGAAUGAAUGGCGUUAUUCAAAAACCAGGUUCGUUUCAAGAAAUCGCCUACGAGCUGAAGGGAAUCCUGCUGCAGGCUAACAGGCUACUGUCAUGAUGGGGGCAAGUGAACUGAAAGGAUCAAAGCUCUACCUUGUUAGUCACAAUAAAGAAAAGGGAAAUUUAUUGCUAUAAAUAGCUCGUGGGACCAUUUAUUCAGCAUAGAGAUGUUACAUACACAAGAAUGAUAGUGAAAAUGGUAUAGAAAAUUCAUUCUCGUUCAUAUUUGAUUUUCUUCAGUGAUGCUUCCUUCCUGUCAGGAGCUCUUUCAUAUUUUUUUUUCUCAAAGAUCACUAGACAUGCUAACAGGUGUGUUUGUUCAGAUCAACUACGAAAUACAUCU